UUUCCAGAAAAAAAUAAUUCCCAGAGCAAAGCUUACAGAGCAAAUACAGAACCACUGACUGUUUGGAAAUGUCUGUGUAUUUUACUUAAAGGCUUAUUUCUAAUAAAAGUGCAUGAUGGAGGUUACACUUAUGGCAAAUAUUUAAACUCCUUUUCAGUGAAAAAAAUAGAGCCUUGAUCACUGUACAGCACAGUCAUACUGCUUUGGAGCUAUAGGCAUAUAUAUUUAUUUUUCCCUCUGAAUCUUUUCAGUUCUUAGCUUGAUGUCCUACAGAUAUGUUGCUUAUACCCUUGCGCUGCCAGCACAUUCGUCUGUCAGCCUUCCACUGAUAACUUCUGCAUUUGAAACAGUUUGGCAAAAUAAUGGGUGUCCUGAGGAUAAGUUACCCAAAAUUAUGAAAUUCAGGAUGUGGGUGCAAAAAAAAAGAUGUGCAUUAGUGUGCCAUUACCAAAAAAAUUUUUACUAGGAGCUCAUCUGUUCUGCUUUUUUCUUCUUUCAAAGCAGAGAGGGAUCAUGGAGAGAUUACUGGUAGCUGGGAAUUGGGAAUCAUAGGGAAGAACAUAGACUGGGAGUCCUGCCAUGGGGAACAUAAAGGACAGCUGAGGUCAAUUCCCUCUAACUAGGGAACAUGGAAAAGGAACAAGCUUUCUGGGGUGGAGCUGAAGGAUUAGAAAAGGAUGACCUCAAGACCCAGAUUGACAAACUGUGGCGAGAAGUAAACGCUCUCAAAGAAAUGCAAGCACUUCAAUCAGUCUGUCUUCGUGGGACAAAGGCCCAUAAGAAGUGCUACCUCAUAUCAGAAGGCACCAAGCAUUUUCAUGAAGCCAAUGAAGACUGCAUAGCCAAGGGAGGGACACUGGCUAUCCCAAGGAAUAGUGAUGAAACAAACACUCUCAGAGAUUAUGGCAAGAACAGCAUGCCUGGAGGGCCUGAGUUCUGGCUAGGUGUCAAUGACAUGGUAAAUGAAGGGAAGUUUGUUGAUGUUAAUGGCAUGGCUCUACAGUACUUCAAUUGGGAUCGUGCCCAACCAAACGGGGGGAAACGUGAAAAUUGUGUCUUCUUUUCAUCACAAGGCAAGUGGGUGGAUGAGGUCUGCCGUACUGCCAAAAGAUAUAUUUGUGAAUUUCUGAUCCCAUAAUUCCAUAUACAAGUGAUCAUGACUAUGUUUUGGGCUACUAACAUGCCAUUUUUUCUUGUUAGCAGCUCCUCCCACUUAGACAGUGGUGAGUUAAAAAUAUCCAUCUCUUGCAUUGUACUCACUCUUUCCUGAAACAGAAUUUUUCUUCAUUAAUUUAUUUUCUAUUCAGAUGCUUAAGAUGUUAUAUAUAGUGAGUGCUCUCAUCAUGUACAGGAGUAUAUAUCAUGUUUUGACCUAUAUUGCAUCAUAAUUUGCCAUAUUCUUUCAGCCUGAUGUUCAGGUUGCUGGGGUUCACCUCCAUGUCUGCAUUUUGUAUCUCCAUGGUAGAAAGGUAUUUGCUUGAUCUCAGAUCUCUAGUGAAAUUAUUGAAAGCAUACAAAAAGAUUGCUGUAGGGAGAUAUGUGCUAAUAGAAGAUGUAGGGAUCCUCUUUGUUCCAGCUUAAGAAGGACUUUGGGAGCUAUCCUGGGAAAAAUGGCCAUCAUCCUGACAGAGUUUAACAGGAUGGAUUUGUGACCAAGACUUUUACCUACAGGUUAAGGAGGAUAAAAACAGAAAUCUGAUGUUAAUUUUUGAACUACAAAGGGUUAAAUGAGAUACACUGCUACAAAAUGGGGGAAAUAGCUAUUUUAAAUAUCAGGUAGUCUAAGCAUGGUUGCUUCUAAAUGUCUCAACUAUGGUUAAAUAUUAGAUGUUACUUGAAACAUUCCUGUAGAAGAAACCAACGUGGGACUAGACCAUACCUCUAGAAUGUAAUGGUUAGAAAGAUGUGCAAAAGCCUCUCCUGCAGGAUUAGAAGAGGCUUUAUAAUUCAGGUAUGAAUGAAGAGGAAAGGUCCCCUUUCCGGCACAACAUCCCCACUCAUUCACCUCCCUCCAUACUGUGGGUAGCAUGCCUUGCUGGCACAGAGGAGUGGGGCCAAACCAUCACUCACUGGCCACAUGCAGAUUUUCCUAUUUGAUACCCAACAUUUGUGCUGGUUAUUUUUUGCUAUUCUUAACAUCACAAUACAUAUUUGCCUUCAUGUUAUAAACUGCAGUUUCUCAGUCACGUAAGGGAAUCUCAGUAAAUGAUUUAAAUAUAUUGUUGCUUGGAGGCUAAUUUCUACAUUUUCUCUCUUAAUUGUACAAGAUUUUCUUAAAUUGUGCAAUAAAUUUGCAAUUACUGGUA